AUGUAUUUGAUCUACGCGGCCACGUUUCGCCGAUCGGCGGGCGAGAGGCAGUACGAGCUGGUCACAUUUCUGUACAUGCGCACGAAGACCACGUGGGGCAGCUAUAUGUUUACCGGCGAAGGAUCGAUGUACGUGCACCGGCAGGACAGAAAAGGAAACCGGCAGAUCCUGCGCAUCGAUGAGGUGGACCCCUUUACCUGGGUGGAAUCAGAGACGCAGCCGAGAGACAUCUACAAGUCUCAUAGCACCAGAUGUUUAGGCGUCUACCGCGCCGCAGAGGACAAGGGCGAGGAAUGGGCUCUGAAUAACCUUCUGCCUUCCGCUGUUGAGUACUAUGAACAGGCGCAACUUAGGGGGACGCGGGGGGUAGACCAGCAAUUCGUGCAGACUCUACGGAAACUUCCACCCAACAGUAUCGCGUGGACGAGGGAAGGCAGGAAGGUGAUCGACAAUGAGGAGUAUAACCCGCCUAAGUUGUCCAGAGGCACACAGCAGCACACACAACAGCAGCAGGCGCAAGCAUAUAUGUUCAGGCCCGGCGCACAACGCCUGAGAAAGAGAAAUCCAGACGAUAAGGUGGAAAUACUCAACAGAUAA